AGGUGAGACAGUGUUGGUGGAGUCACAGUGACCUGAAGCAAGCGAUGUGGGCGGCGACUUGGCUGUGGGGCGACGCCCUUCUGCUGCUGAUGGCGGUAGUAGUGGCGCAGGAAACGCUGUCUGUGAUCCGGCAGGACAUCGGCGUUCACAGCGAGGAAGUUGAGUUGAACAUUUCCUCCCCGGCGCCCACCGAACUCUUUGCGACCUGGACGUUUGAGAACAAGGACACCAGUUACUUCGAGGUGAGGUGGAAUCCGCCAGCCGAGGACCACGCGAGUUCCGCCACGACCAAUGCCACCUGGUACAUCAUCGCCAGCCUCACGCCAUGUACGCGCUACACUGUAUGCGUCACAGCCCUAGACCUCGCCAACUACACACUGGGGCUCUCCAGCAACCAGACAGCAACUACAGCCACUCCAGCGACUAACGUGUCGUUAGUGGCUGUGGACGCCGUGGCGAACGAAUCAUCCCUCCUUGACAUAUCCUGGAAGACGCAGGACGACCUCUCCAACUGCUCCACUAACUUCAGCGUCACGUGGGCACGCUUGGGCGACACCAUGGUGGAUAAGGCCUUCACCACUGACCUUCAGUACACCAUAGUGGGUCUGGAAGCCUUCACAUCCUACAACGUAUGUGUUGCUACCUGUCUGGCUGAUGCCCCCAACUAUCCUGUGUGUGGCAUCAACACUACCAAAGAAGACGUGCCAGGUCGGCCUGCCAACGUGACAGCCAAAGCAGCGGGAGCCGAGGCGUUGUGGGUGGGUUGGGAACAGCCGGUGGAACCUAACGGCGUGGUGACUAGCUACACUCUCAUCUGGACACACGCGGCGACAUACCUUUCGGACACUCUUCAUGUUAAUGGCAACACCACUGCUGCCGUCAUCUCCGGCUUGCAGCCCUGCACUAAUUAUACGAUCACUGUCUCGGCUGCCACUGCGGCGGGCAGCGGCCAGCCGGGCGGCCCAGCCAGAGCUGCUACGGAGACAGCAGCCCCGGGCAGCCCCACUGAGGUCGCAGCGAGUCAGGUCGAGGGUCAGCCGCACGCUCUGAACGUGACUUGGACGCAAGCCGACGCCCGAGGUCACUGCCAGGUCACCUCCAACACAGUCAUCUGGUGGCUGGCUGCUUCUGGAGACCUUGUCGGUAACCAGACCUUUCCAGCCACCGUGCAGGUCAACCUCACCGGCCUGCAGUCCUCCACCGCGUACAGUGUGGGUGUGAGCGCCGCCGUGCAAAAGAUUGAGGGGCCGAGUGCGGGACACGUGAACGGCACCACGGCACGAGAAGGGACUCCCUCCGGCCUAGGAACACCAGCGUGGGUGGUGGGACUGAGUGUGGCAGGCGUGGCAGUGGUCCUCGCGGUGGCAGCUGUCGCAGUCUACUGCCUGAGGUACAAGCCUCGACUAAGGCCGUUGCCCUCCGUCAGUCAGCCUGAUCUGAAACUCAGCUGCCGCUCUCUCAUCCCCCAAGAAGUUGAAGGGGCGGUGAGGGUGGAGGACCUUCGCGGCUACAUAGAGCUUCUGGAGGAGGACACCCAGCGGCGCCUGGAGGAGGAGUUCGAGCAGGUGCAGCAGAGUAGCGGCAAGCACCCCACCGUGGCGGCCUCGCAGGACCAUAACAAAGACAAGAAUCGCUUCAGGAACAUCCUCCCCUUUGACCAUAGUCGAGUCAUACUUUCCCCCGAGGCGGGCCAGGCUGACUCAGAUUACAUCAACGCCAACUACAUUAAGGACGCCUGGGGACGGGACAGCUUCAUUGCGUGCCAGGCACCGAUGGAGGGCACGAUAGGGGACUUCUGGCGGUUGGUGUGGCAGCAGGACGCCUGCGUGGUGGUCAUCCUCACCAACCCUCGGGAGCGGGGACGGGAAAUGUGUGCCGUGUACUGGCCCACCCUGGAGGAGCCAGUCAUCACCGUGGGGGAUCUCACCGUCACAAGACGUAGCGAGACUAGUGAAGGCGGCCUGCGAGUGCGUGAGUUUGUGCUUCAGAAGGGCAAAGAGCAACGCUCAGUAAGACAGUAUCACCUCACCACCUGGCUGGACUUUGGGGUCCCCAAUCAUGAACAUCACCUCCUGGAUUUUAUCCGCGAAGUCCGGGACUCGGUGACCUCGGCGAAUGGCCCCCUCGUGGUCCACUGCCGUGCUGGCGUGGGUCGCACUGGCACCUUUAUCGGCUUAUGGAACCUGAUGGACGCAGUGGACGCAGGGCAGCGAGAGAGUGUGAACGUGCGGCAGACAGUGCUGGCUAUGAGGGACUGUCGCUGCUGCAUGGUGCAGACCCCGGAGCAAUACCUGUACCUGUACAAGAGCAUCGUGGCCUAUCUGGAGGAGCCACAAAGAUGGAGAACAGAAGACCAAUGGCACAGAAUUCCUAGAGAGCCGCGAUCACAAAAAGAACAUCAUCUCGCGUACGACAACCCUGCCUUCACCGAGGAGGCGACCCCCAGCGGCCACCACGCAUGACACGAAGUGCACGCGGAGGGAAGGAGGAGCAAUCCUGAAGACGCCGGGCGGGAAGGAGCCUGGAGGUGUGGUGUCGGUCGCCUCCGUGGACUUAUGAGAGUACUGCUGGCUGGCUGGCAGAGGCAACUAUACGCUGCUUUCAAGGGAGGCUGCACCAAUCUUUCCAGGAGGUGGUGAGGGCGCAGGACAGUGGCCGAUGCUGCAGCUCUACCCAAAGAACGUUUAACGAUACGUGGAUGUACUUUAUAGGCCACGAGCAUAACUAACCGGCGAACGCUUGGAAUGAAAUGACUGGUAGACUGUCUGCUGUAUAAAAAAGUCUUAUGAUUUGGUGAGCCACGUCAGUUAGCUGUGUUCGAAGAAAGACUCCAUGUUGUUAAUAUCAGUUGGCAAGGCAUAGUCCGCGAUUCUAUCUUCUCUUCCACUGAGAUUUUAAACAACUUGCAUUUCUUUUCUUUUACUCCUUCACGCAGAAGAGGGCACGUCAGAACAGUGAACUGCCUGCUGAGAAACUCAUCUGUGAAAAGCCGUGUUUACCUAAUGAUCUGUUUUAUAGCCCUUCGAAAUGUGUGUGUGUGUGUGUGUGUGUGUGUGUGUGUGUGUGUGUGUGUGUGUGUGUGUGUGUGUGUGUGUGUGUGUGUGUGUGUGUGUGUGUGUGUGUGUGUGUGUGUGUGUGUGUGUUUGGAAUAAAUAUGUAACUAGU